UGCGAUUGGACGCGUCGCCGCCAGGCACCCGCCAGAAACACCAGUGCGCUGGGGAGAGGAGCGGGGCGUGCUUGCGAGUCGAGGGCUUGCUUUGGCUUUUUUACGGCUCCCCCCUCCCCUCAGCACUCCAUGCCGGGUCUCUAGUUCCAGCGCGCCUCUGCUCGCUAGCGCGGCGGGAGAGUUGGUGCAAACAUUGCCGCAGCCGCAGCCUCCUCUCGGGCCUCUCCUUCCCCUGCGCCCUCCGCUCCCGCCAUGGGGCCAACGUGGGGCUCCUAAGAGUUGCCGGCUCUCAGCGGCGCACUCUCCAGCCAAAGUCACCGCGGGCGGACUAUGGCUUAGGGCGCCAGAGGGGUUAGAGAUACGGGAAGGGAAAAGACGGCUAACUGGGAAAAAAAGAGAAAACGAAAGAAAAGCCAAACGAUGAGUUUCCACAAGGAGGACGGAGUGAACAGUCUGUGCCAGAAGGCUCUGCACAUCGUCACCGAGCUGUGCUUCGCGGGCCAGGUGGAGUGGGAGAAGUGCUCGGGCAUCUUCCCUCGGGACAGGGGCAGCCAGGGCGGAAGCAGCACAGAUAUUUCGGUCAGCCUGUUAGCAGUCGUUGUCAGCUUUUGUGGACUGGCCUUGUUGGUUGUCUCACUUUUUGUCUUCUGGAAGCUGUGUUGGCCAUGCUGGAAAAGCAAACCUGUGACUUCCAACAUCACUACCCUUCCACAGAGCAUUUCAAGUGCUCCUACUGAAGUUUUUGAGACUGAAGAGAAAAAAGAAAUUAAGGAAAAUGAAAAGCCAGCCAUGAAAGCUAUUGAGCCUGCAAUAAAAAUCAGCCACACUUCCCCUGACAUCCCAGCAGAAGUCCAAACUGCUUUAAAAGAACAUUUAAUUAAACAUGCACGUGUGCAAAGACAAAUUACUGAGCCUACGUCAUCAUCCCGCCACAAUUCCUUCCGAAGACACCUGCCGAGGCAAAUGCAGGUUUCCAGUGUUGAUUUUAGCAUGGGCACAGAACCUGUUUUACAAAGAGGAGAAACAACAACCAGCAUUGGGAGGAUAAAGCCAGAACUCUACAAACAGAAAUCAGUUGACUCUGAGGGCAACCAAAAAGAAGAUGUCAAAAUCUGUGGGAAACUUAACUUUACCCUCCAGUACGAUUAUGAAAAUGAACUUCUAGUUGUUAAAAUUAUCAAAGCUUUAGAUCUCCCUGCUAAAGACUUCACAGGAACUUCUGACCCUUAUGUGAAGAUGUAUCUUCUUCCAGAUAGGAAAAAGAAAUUUCAGACCCGCGUGCACAGAAAGACUUUAAAUCCUCUAUUUGAUGAAACUUUUCAAUUUCCUGUAGCAUAUGAUCAACUAAGCAACCGAAAACUACAUUUCAGUGUGUAUGAUUUUGACAGAUUUUCUAGACAUGACAUGAUUGGGGAAGUGAUUCUUGAUAAUUUGUUUGAAGUCUCUGAUCUCUCCAGGGAAGCCACAGUAUGGAAAGAUAUUCAUUGUGCUACCACAGAAAGUAUAGACCUGGGUGAAAUCAUGUUUUCCCUUUGUUACUUGCCGACGGCCGGGCGUAUGACAUUGACAGUCAUUAAGUGCAGAAAUCUGAAGGCGAUGGAUAUUACUGGCUCAUCAGAUCCUUAUGUCAAAGUGUCCCUGAUGUGUGAAGGUCGAAGAUUAAAAAAGAGGAAAACAACUACAAAGAAAAACACUCUAAACCCUGUGUACAAUGAGGCCAUUAUUUUUGACAUCCCUCCAGAGAACGUGGACCAGGUCAGCCUCUCCAUUGCGGUCAUGGAUUACGAUAGGGUAGGACACAAUGAGGUCAUAGGAGUGUGCAGAACAGGACUGGACGCUGAGGGUCUUGGGCGAGACCACUGGAAUGAAAUGCUGGCCUAUCAUCGAAAACCAAUAACGCACUGGCACCCAUUGCUGGAGUUACCUGGCCGGGCAACCAGUUUUGAUAGUCAAGGAUCCUGCCCUUCUCCUAAACCGCCUUCCACACCAUAAUGCCUCCAAAAUGAGACCAUGAUAUUAAGAACCUAGGAUCACGUGCUCAUUGAAUCAGAAAAAAAAAGUGGAAGGUUUGGUUUCCUCAUUUAAAAUAUAUCUGUAGUAAUGAACAAACUUGAUGUGCACCUUUUAUUUACUUUUAUUGUCGAUUUUUUAACUUUGAACAUCAAUACAUUUUACUUGAAUACAUAUAGUCCUUAGUUGCAUAAGGCAUUUUAUCCUUCGUGUCAAAUGCCUGUUAGCACAAAGAGUGUUUUACUGUGUUGUAAUUCUUUGCAUAAGAAAUGUUUUUUAAACAGUUCAUACUUACCUAAAAUUAAAUAUAGUUUAUGCUGCCAUUGUAUAAAGUAGCACAUGUCAUAUAUGUAUGGGUUUGAUUUUGUUAUACUGUGUUCAUUUCUAGUUGUGCACGUGGUUCUAUAUAAACUUAAAAGGAGAUUUUGAACUUAACUUACACAUUAAAUCCUUGCGCAAUCAAAUUAAUGUUACUUAUCUGAUAAUACUUUUCUUUCAUUCUCAGAAAAUUACUUUCUUGGUGAGGUUUGGCUCUGCUAAACUCAAAACUUUGUCUCUCAAGCUUGUUUAAAAUACACAGACAAAGCUGUAAAUUUAAGGAAUCAUUUUGAAUAUAAAUUUAAGAAGUAAUACUUAUUGGCUGAAAAAUGGAGGCUGAGCCAUUGUGGCUACCAUUUUAUACUGUUUUACUGUAACGUUAGCUCAAAUAUCUGUUGCACUGUUUAACUGAUAUUUUUAAAAUUCUAAUAAUCUUCAUCUCAAAUGUAGCAUUAGUAUUUCUAAGUGAACAGAAUCAGAAGUUCAUUUUUUACGUGUUUGUAAGGUUCUCAAGUACUGUGACAUGUAUUUUUUGUGACUUGAAGCUAUCAUAUAGAUCCUGUAUUUCUGAUAGACCAUACUAACAGACACCAAAGGAACAACAACACUGUCUGUGUCCAUCGCCGUUUAGAUUGUACACAGUAAUGGUGACUCUUAAACCCAGUCAGAAGCUAAUCAUUGGAAUUGAGUAUUUCUUUAAAGAAAGGAUGAUUUAUUUUCAGCAACAUAUAGAAAUAUACUAUAAAUAUUAAUAAUACAACUUCAAUGCUUAAUAAUAAUAAACAAAUUAAUUCUAAAGGCCCAGGCCUCCAGUCCUUGCAUGAAAGGCAUUUGCCUUCAUAAGGAUCAAGGUUCAGGCCACUACAUGUAAAAACUAUGCAAGUGUUUUUACAAGACAGAACUUUCUUUUAAAUCAGGUCAACAUAUUUUGUCCCAUUUUCAGGCCCUGUUGGAAGGUAUCUAUACUGAAUUACCCCAACCUUACUUUUGAGAUAUGUGGUAUAGAUAGUAUAUAUUUCAAGCUUAUUUCAAAAUUGGUGUGUUUUUUUUAAAAAAAGGCAAGAAAAUAAAAACAUAUUUACCUGGAUGAGAAAAUUUUAUCAGCAGUUAUGAAAUUUUUAUUUUUUUAAAAUCCCAUUAUUUCUAAAUAUUUUAAAAAAGUUUUAAAAGCUUUGAAAUUUUGUUGACAUCUCUUAUAGUGAUGGCAUCACUAUUAAUUAAGAGGUAAAUAUUUUGCACAUUAACAUUUUAAAGGCAAACACAGUUCUGCCUCAGAUUUUUUCAAAAAUGCUUAUACUACCCUAAGGAAAACAGGUACUCCUAGCUAACAUUUUCUCAUUGAAAAUAAUAGAAGAAAGCUGUUUGGAAACAUCUGGCUACCUUGUCAAGCCUAAAAGAAUUAUUUGCUAUAGGCAAAAUGAAAGAUGACACUUGCAUUUUGAAAUUAUUUGUUUUAUUGGGAAAUAAAACUUUUCACAUAGGAAGACAAAAAGUUAUACUAUUAAUAGAAUGACAUUUUUGGAGACAAUUGUUUUAUUAGUAGAUAUAACUGCAGCUUAAAGUAAAUUAGCAAUUACGUUUUCUAAGUGAGUAUAAUUAUUUUCACCCAAAAACACAUUUUAAGGACUUUUUGUUAGUUCUUAGAAACUCGCUUUCCUUUACUCCCUAAGGAGAAAAAGCCAAUGCUUGUGAUGAAAAAAUGUGGACCAUUGGCCAAUCAGAAGACUCUAAUGUGGGAAUUGUAGAUUAAAAAUAAAUUUUUAAAAGAAUUUUUUUAAUGUUCCUUGAAGUUAGAAUAAACUCAUCAUGCAAGGGUAUGUGUUAAUCCGGAGAAAGAGAUCAGGGAGAGGAAAUUCACCACAACUCAUCUCUCAUGUAAUUCAGGAGGUAGGUUUAUGCUCAGAUUAAUAAGGCAUGAUUGUUAAAAAUGACAGUUCAUAUUAUUAAAAUGUAAUCCUAACACUUUUAAUACAACACACCCUCACUCUACACAGCCCACACAUUCAUAUACACAUAACUUACCAUCUUUCUGCUUGUAAUUGAAGAUGAAAUAUUUUUAGUUUCAGUAUUUAAAAUAAGGUUUGAUAUUAGAAAUCUCCUCUCAUUUGUGUGGGACAUCAUAUUUUAAUGACAGUACUGACACAUUAUGAAGUUGUAGUUCAGGUAUAUAAUGAACAUCUAAUUUCAGGGACUUCUUCAGGGACUUCCCAAAUAUCAGUCUAGGAAAAAAAAGAGUAAGGGUUGAUUCAUUAGCAUAAUAACAUUGAUAUUCUUUUUAGUUUUAGGGGAGGGAUUUGUUGUUGUUUUUAACUGAUUAACCAGGCAAUCGGGUGAUGAGGGAAUUGAAUAUGAGAAGAACACUCAUGUUUGUGGAGUGUAUCUUUUCAUAAAACUCAGAACAUUGUUUUUUUCACACUGGUUUCCUAAUAAUAUUUUUCCCAACAAUUGUUUUGUCAGGCCAACCCUGUGUUCCUGGGUUUAACAUGUAAAAAUUUCCAUAUUGAAUAUAUUCACAGUUCAGCAACAAAUAUCAUGAGGACUAGUGCUAGGGAAAUAAAGACAGGAAAGCAGAGCCAAGCACUCACUUUCUUAUGCAGUUUUGGGAAGUGUGUGCAUGUUGUAGUUACUGCAGGGAGAUCACAACUGAUCAAUACUGACUCAGGUUUUUGAUAAAUAAAAGCAAAUAUAUUUGAACCUAUUUGGUGGUGAUAUUUAAUUGACAUUCCCAACUGUGUUUAUUCUCCUCUAAUGUUUAUGAUUUUAAAAUUUUGCAACUCAAUAAAGAGCUAUCAAUCUCCUAAAGAAUUCAUUUAAUGAUUAAUUGCUGGAAAAUUGAAAAAGCCAAAUUUCCAACCCUGUGGUCAACUUUUACUAUCCAUAAAAAAAUAUAAAACUUAUUUGAGGAUCAGUUACCAAAAGAGCCAAAGACUACUACAAAUAAAGGAACACUAAAUCUUAACAUUGAACAUGUGGUAAUUUCUUUACCUCCUCAAAAAGAGUACUUGAAAUUAUUUGAGAACGUAUAUUUUUAUAGAAUUUAGUCUGAUUUUUUUUGCCACCUUAGUUGUAAUACUUGCCUGAUAAUAAAAAACAUCUGGAGUUGUUAAGGAUUUGAGAACAUCAUUUGACCUCUACUAAAUAAAAAGAAAAUGCAAACUUUUCUUCACUUGUUCUUGAAGCUACUCUAGUUGUUUUGAGGUACACUACUUGAUCUAAAUUUUUAUAAACUUUAGGCUAAAAAUGUAUUGCUGUCAAUGAGAAAUGAUUCAAAGAAUGAAAGUAAAAUAAUUAAAUGACAGUUGAGCAAAGAAGUUAAAGCAUAUGGAAAUAUGAUAUUGAGAUGCAAAAUCAAAAGACGUGUUUUAACUUUUAGAGAAAUGUAUAUGAUUUAAUAUUGUUCCCAAAAAACCUAUGACAGAGCAUUUAAUCGUUAACUCAGUGACAUGGCUCAGGAUAUGAUUCAUCUGAACCUGCUGUAAAGACCCAUUAUUUCGAAGAAAAGAAUGAGUUUAUAUUUUAUAUGAGAAACAGCUAAUUAAACGAAAUGUUGUUUCCAAUACAUUAUUCAGUGACACCCUUUUAGGUAAGAAUUUUAUGUUUUAUUACUCAAUAUUCUGUUAAUUAAAGUGAAUGGUAAUUUAAUAAAAGAUGUAUUAGUAAUUAGUUGUCAUCUACCAUUAACAGUUAACCAAAAAGAUGUGUAUUUGAACAGUGGCAGUUAAUUAAUACCCAGUUCAAGUGUCUUCUCAUCAAAGUAAAAGGUUAUUUUCACUUUCAUCCUAUUCAUCAUAAGAAACCAGGGUAUGAUUUGGUAGCACAACAACAUCAUGCUACAGAGACUUAGAAAAAUAAAGCACUAAAUUAAAGACUGAAGUGGAAGUGUGACUUAACAGUUUACUGAAUGCAAACAUUUUGAAUACUAGAAGUGGUGAUUGAAAAAUAAGUAGACAACCUUUAAGAGAAAGGGUAGCCUUUUUCAUGCCUGAAAUGAUUUAAAUAUACUCCUGCCAGGAGGAAUUAUUAGGAUGAUUCUAUGCUGAGACACUAGAAAUGACUUGCUAUUGAUAGAUACAUUUGUAUGGAAAUAUUUUUAUCUCAAACUGACAAUAAUUUCUUCUAAACUCACCUGUACCAUGAGAGCCCUCUCCAAAGAGCAAAGUUAUGCCUGAUCUUGUCAGGCACAGGGUAAAAAUAAGCCAUUUUCUCCUGAAAUUUUGCUGUAAGAGUAAUCUCUUGUACGUAUACAGAUGCCCUUAUUUACUGCACAGUGUGGUGGAUUUCAGUUAUUCAAUUUCAUGUUUUUGUUCCCUCAAAAAUAAUUUAUUAGAUAUUAAUGAAUAUUAUAGAUAUAAGCCAAAAGUGUUAAGAGAAAUAAAUCUCAAUGUUGGAAGGUUAAUGCAUUAGAUGUUUAUUUCAUCAUCUCUUUCAAAAUUGUUUUUUUAAAAUUGUCCUAAUCUGAGCAUCAAUAUAUGAAUUAUAUUCGGCUAUGAUUUUUCCAUAGAAUAAAGUUUGUGGACCCAAAACAACCUAUAAUCCCUAGGUUAUGUACAAACUGGUCAUUAAAUUAUUCUGUACAAAAAUUGCAUGAUUUGUUCUAUUUAUAUUUAUAUAGGUCAUUUUGUGAGUUUCAUUAUAAUUUUUGUUUUUCUUUAAAAAUACCCUUGAAGCUUUCCACUUAAAGAACAUAGUAAUCUCCAGUGUGAAUAGCUUCAUAAAUUUUAUCACUGUAUAAAUAAGAAGCAGGUAGACCAACUCUAAUAUACAAAAUAUUUGCAUUUAUAGUUUGUUUUAUAGACAAAAAGUCCAGCCCAAGUGGUGCCACUCACAUUAACUUGUUAUUGACCUUUCCAACUGAAAGAAGUGAUCGAAUUCAGCUGCAAAAUAUGGAGAAAUUAUGGACAAUGAAGCAAAACCUUUAUUUCAGGAAAAAGAAGUCAAAGUCGAAAAGAAAUGCCUCACAUGGUAAAUGUGAUGAGUCCACUAACGAAUAGUCCAAGAUGUUGCCAAUUAUUCUAAACUGCCAGGAACCACUAAAAUUCAUCAUUUCAUAUAUAACAUCAAAUUAUUUAGAUCCAUUAUAUCUGAUUUGUUUGUACCUUUAGUCUUUUUUCAUAAGGUGACUUUUCAGCUGAAUUUUGUGAUUUAAUACUUGGCCAUUGUUCAAAUCAAUAUCUUUGAUUUCCAUAUUAUAGAACAGAAAUUUUAAAAUCUUUUGAAAUUCGUGUUUCUGGCUUUUGUACAUGGUAAACAGUCAUUUGUGAAACUUGACAGCAUAUAAUUGUAUUACUUAGAACAAAUGUUUUUGCAACCACCUUUAAAAGAUGUUACACAAUGCAGUAUUUUUACAAUGUCUUCUUUAGAAUGUGUGACUAUAUUUGUCAGGUUCAGAUGAAUUACGUAACAAUUAAACCUCAAAGCUGUUAUGAAGUAUAUAGUUUAUGAUUACUUUUGUAAAAGAAA